AUUAAUUGCUAACAAAGAGUUACAAAACAUUAUAUUGAAAUUCCUAAAGACCUACACUAUUGUAGAGAUCUUUGCACUCUUCAAAAGCUUAUCGAGAUCACGGCGAUAUGCGACAGAUAUUUUGUAAAAUGAUUUGACGGAUAUAACAGGCGGGCCACGAGAGUAUCAAAUUUUAUCUGAGGGAUAAAAAAUAUGACUAACAUGGCACUCAAAUUACACACUGCGUAGAAUGAAAGGGGAAGGCAACAUGCCGGUUGUAAAUUUUAACAAAUGGGCAUACAGGCUUGUCGAAGAUAGACACGAUGGUAUGGGAAAAGUGCCUGUAUUUGAUCAAGAAGCGUUUCAACUUGGCAUAACAUUCAAGGCAAAGUAUGUGGGUACUUUGGAGAUAACACGACCAACAUGUCGUACAGAAAUAGUGACGGCAAUGAGAAAAGUUCGGUAUGAGUUCAAGAUAAAAGGUAUUGAGAAAAGAAGAGUGUUCUUGACCAUUUCAGUCGAUGGGAUUAAAGUGACACUUCGAAAACGUAGGCGCAGAUUGAGAAAGGAAUACCUCUUAGAUGAAGAUCCAGUUGUGUUGCAUGAACAUCAAAUUGGAAGAAUAUUCUACGUAUCUCAUGAUUCAAUGGACCUGAAGAUAUUCAGUUAUAUCACAAAAGAUAAUUUCGACAACCAGUUCCGAUGCAGUGUUUUCAAAGCAUACAGAAAGUCCAAAGCGUUAUUCAUGGUUCGCACAAUCGGCCAGGCAUUCGAGGUUUGUCAUCGUCUACAACAGGAUACUUCUGAGGAUGGUAAAGAGGAUGAAAGCGCUACGAAAGUUGACGAACGAGUGUUGGCAGAUGAAGGAACUGAUAUCGACGCUGUUGAUCAGGAUUCUAAUGACAAAACAACGGAAAUUCCUGAGAAGCCCACACCAGCAGCAUUGGUAGAAAUUAGUCAGCUUCUUCCCUCUGUUGACCCGGAUGGCAAAAUCCAACCGUUCACAGCAGAACAAUUACGUCUACUUUUCAAUCAACGACUGGAGCACUACAUACAGGAAACUGAAGUCUGCAAGGCUGAGAAUCGAUUGCUAAAAGACCAACUGAUGCUUGAGAGGAAUGGUCGUGUGCAAGCACAGGAAAGAGAGCAAUGUCUACUUCAGAAGAACCGGGAGCUUCUUCAGACCAUACAAACGCUUGCUAAUAGACUACAAACAGUGAGCCCAGGGUAUGACAGUUUGAGCACCGCAUUUACCACAACACAUCAUUCCGAAACCUUAGUCAAUCCUAGUUAUCCAUCGACGUAUUCUACUCAGCUGAAGAACGAUAACUUUGGAAAUACUUGUGCACAGAUCGGAUUGGAUGGCGAUCAGGUAGAGAUAACUGGGAACUCUUUGGUUAUUACUCCUCCUGCAGACACUAUUGCAACCUUCGAUCCUCUCGCAUCCAAAAUAGCUCCUUUGGCCAAAUUUAAAGGCUCAACCAACGUCGCCCAAUCAACUGUCGGUCAUUAUUGGAAAACAUUUGAUGAAGAUGGCGUCAUUUCCCCCGGAAGUGGAGCAGACGAUUCAAGCUCCGAAUCAUCAGACGACGAAAAUUUCUCCGAAAAUUUCAUUGGACAUAAAAUCAUCCCAGCUGAAGAGCGAAAUGGAUGGGUACCCAUGGAGAAUACCCCUAAUGGAACUGUGAAGAAGCAUGAUGGGAACGGACAUGCUGUAGGACUGGGAACAAGUGCAUAUCCCGACCAACAAAAUGGUCUUGUACAUAAUGAUUUAAAAACACUUCAUUCCAGCAACAAUAAUCACCAAGGUAGUAAAGUCCCGUCUACAGACACGAGAACUGCCAUACAAACAGAUUUUUAAAAACAAAUUAAACUUUUGUACAAGUCGUAGAGUUUUAUAUUAUAAUAAAGCGUCAAAGCGUACAGCAAUAGUGUAAACUAUGUUAUCAAUCUCACUUUGUCGUAAAUUAUAACAUUUUAGUAGUGUAAUUAUUGCGCCAUAUAGCGCGAAUGAUAAAAGAGACUGGAUUGCCAUCAUAUAGAACGCCCUCAGUUAGUUAUAGUUUGUUUAACUUAGUUUAGCUUUGACGUUUGUAAGAUUUAACCUUUAGUAAAAUUGUAAUUCGUGGUUUGUAAAGAACUUUACACAAGAUCGUUAACUAAACAUACAAGUUGCGAGUUGUUACAACAAUUAUUAUCAUUUGGAAAUUUAGCUAAAUACUGUUGAGAGUCGUUUUGUGGCAAAAUUGUAGCAAUAUAAUGAAGAUUGUAACAACUUGUAAUUUGCUAAGAAAGUUGCGAACAUCUUAUAAUAUGGCAGCACAUAAAGAUGAUAAUUAAGUUAA